AUGGGAAACGCUCUCAGAUUCCUCUACGGUCAUUGUUGCAAACCAACAACUUCUGAUGAUCCACAAUCACUUGGUCCACACGGUGUUUCUUCAUCCACUGUUGGUCUCUCAGCUCUUGCACAUGAUCUCUUUCACUUCGAAAACACCUCCCAGGUUCCGGAAGGACUAAGCAAACAUGUUGUUUCUUCGAAAAAAGCUCAGGCUAAUUGGUUUAGAAAGUUAGUAGAUGCUUGGAAAGAUGCGAAACCUCCACCUAGAACACCUGAAGAAGCAGCUAGACUUGUUAUUCUUACCUUGAAAGGCCAUAAAAAAGCAGAUGUUGAGGGUUUGUUGACUUUCUAUGGUCUUCCACUACCACAUACCCUAGUUGAAGUAACUGCUCAACCUCCUACAUCUUUGCCUCAUGGAGUCAAAUUUGAAAUGCACACUUUGCCUGUUGAUGCAAAAGCAGUGGCAGAUGGUGAUACUGUAACAGUUUAUGUUAGCACAGCCGACCCUAGAGAGUCAUCCGUUCUCCCUCGCAAUGUUCAUGAAGCAGCCUUGCAUCGAUCAGAAGCUCGUUCUAGAAGGAACUACGAAGAGGCGGAUGCAUUUCACAAACAGAUUAUCGAUGCAGGAUACCGGAUGAUUCCAUUUGAAAAUGAUGAAAUCCUAGCUAAAAAGUAUCGGAUUCGACUAAGGGGAAUCGAUGCGCCAGAAAGUGCAAUGCCAUAUGGAAAAGAAGCGAAAAUCGAACUGACAAAGAUUCUUGAAGGAAAGUCUUUGAGGGUUCUUGUUUAUGGAGAAGAUCGGUAUCAACGUUGUGUAGGUGACAUCUAUUGCGGUAACAUUUUCGUACAGGAAUUUAUGCUGAAAAAAGGCUUAGCAUGGCACUAUACAGCCUACGACAAACGACCGGAACUAGAAACGUGGGAGAAAGAAGCGAGAUCAAAGCGCGUUGGAUUAUGGGCUUCAAGAAAUCCUGAGAAGCCAUGGGAAUGGAGAAAGAACAAACGAGGCGGUAAUUAA